AUGCAAUCUCAACAUCCAUUUGGUUCUCCUCUCCCUAAACUCAUGUACUCAUUCAAGAAAUCUCCCAUCUCGGUCUCAUCAAAAGUUCGUCCACAGGAUCUAACUGUAGAUUCGUCCACCAUGUACGAUCUUUUAUCGGUAAGAGAGACGGCAGGUGUUGAUGAAAUAAAAGCAGCAUACAAGAAACAAGCGCGAUUAUGGCAUCCUGAUGUAUGUCCUCCUUAUGGCAACAGGCACUUGUUCGCCGAAAAGUUCGUCAAGGCCAGAAAAGCAUAUGAGGUUCUCUCUGAUCCUACGCUUCGUUCGGAGUAUGAUUCUGCGAUUAGUGGAGGAAAGGGUGGAGGUAAGUUUGGAGGGUGGGAGUCUCAGAUUGAGGGUUUGAAGAGUAGACCGAGAGCUGCAAGUACCUGGGGAUGUAGGAUGAGGAGAUCAUGCUGUCACUGUGAACAACAUGCUCAGUGA